UGCUGAAUCCCGUCUACUUGCAUUGCCAAGCUGUGAAAGUCCAAAACUAGGGAGUCAGACCCCGACUCAUCCUGGGACUGGCCCCGGCCGAUUCCCAACUGGUUUUGGCCUCAGUCCGGCGGGAAGCGGCGCUGUGCACCGGGCCACCCGCCCGGGGGGGCUCCCUGGCCGUGGCUGCCGGCCAGGCCCCCGGCACGCAGCAGCACCGAGGCGCUUGCACAGCGCAGGCUCAGGCCGGGCUGCGACUCUACCAGCCGUGGGCCCCGCCCCUGCACCGCGAGCCUCGGUCACGCGCCUAAGAAAUUUGACCCUCCUGCGCCGCCGUCGGGCAGCUCUACUGGUGUCUAUCACGGGGGGGGGCUGCACAGGAGUAGCUGCUAGGGGCGGGCGGAAGAGAGAGACCGAGAUCCCCCCGCACCGGACGGUGGCGCAGCCGAGUAACAUGGAGGGAACGCUGGAGCAGCACCUGGAGGACACAAUGAAGAAUCCUUCAAUAGUUGGAGUCCUUUGCACAGAUUCACAAGGCCUGAACCUUGGCUGUCGUGGAACCCUUUCAGAUGAACAUGCAGGUGUGAUAUCAGUUCUAGCCCAGCAGGCAGCCAAACUAACUUCAGAUCCUACUGAUGUUCCUGUUGUGUGUCUGGAGUCAGAUAAUGGGAACAUCAUGAUCCAGAAGCAUGACAGCAUCACUGUGGCAGUGCACAAAAUGGCAUCUUGACCUUUCAUACAUCUGCUUGGUUCUUUUCCACCCUUGGAGCAACUCCUUGUUGUUGGACUGAUCUAUUUCCUCUGCUGAUCAUAUCCAGAAAGUGCUUGCAGAACUAAUUUUGGGCCAAUCUUAAAUAUGUGGUAGCUUCCCUCCUUAUUUAAACUGGUACUGUACUUCAGUCAGAGUCUUUAACUUCCAGCAUAGCCCAGAACUUACUGUCAAGCAUGGACUGUGGUUUAACUUACCUUACUUGUGUAAUGAUCAAAUAUCCUAACCUGUGGCCUUACUUGUUGAAUUCAAUAAAUUAUCUGAGAUGAAAUACA